GGAAAAAUCCAAACGUCUUUGACACCCCCAUGGGCGUGCGUGGGUUGACGCGCUACUGCCGCCAGAACGAGGCCGCGACGUCCGUUGAGGAGCUCGAUCUACACGACGUGACUCUGGCUGUGGACUUUGUGGGCUUCCUGUAUUACUUAUGCGAGGAGCUCUUCAACGAGACCAACGCGUCGCCUUCAUGGCUGCUACUGGGCGGCUGCACCCUUCGGCUCGAACGCUAUGUGGACAGGUGGCUCAAGCGCCUGAGAGUGCGCAAGGUCCGUCUCGUGUUCAUCACAGACCCGCCGCAAUGCUUCGGUGGCGAGAGCCACCGCAAGGGCUACUGCCUGCAGGACCGCUCGCUGCAGAAGGCCGAGCAGAUCGAGCAACUGGCCCAGAGCUUGGAGAAAACCGUCACAAUUAGUAAUAUCCACGAGUCUACUAGUAUUAGUGGACUAGAAGCACAGAGUGAGACGGUGGCAGUAACUCUAGAAUCUGCUUCAAGCCCCCAGCAAAAGGGGAAACUAGCCAGGACGCUCUUGCAGACAAACGGGCGCUUCCCAUUCGCUCGAGAGAAACUGCGUGGCGUGCUGAAGAAGCAUGGAAUCGGAAUUAAGACGGCAAUUCGAGAGGCUGAUGAAGAGCUGGGCAAUCUGGUGAGGACAGGGGAAGCGUUCGCAGUAUUGGCGGAAGAUUCCGACUUUUUAGUCAUGAGUGGCGUGAGGUACAUUCCGUUUGGGAAAUUGAGUUUCUAUGAGUGCGGCCACAAUUUAGAACAGAUGAGGAUUCAAGCGAGAGUUUUCUCGUCCGAUAUGGUGGCGGAAUCGCUCGGUCUCGAAGUGGAGCAGCUUUUGGACUUGGCGUUACUAUGUGGCAACGAUUUCACGCCCUUACUGGACAACGAAUUCGACAUGGCUACAAUGUUGGACUACCCAGUGCAGAGGAUGCAGGGAUCGUUGUAUCCGACGGAUGCAGCGAGGUAUGUUGUCGACCAUAUGCCGAUACUGGAGAAUCCUGUGUUGACCCAAAUUGAGGCCAAGAAGAAGGGAUUCUUAAGAGCGUUGUUUGAGAUCUACCGGUUCUAUGGCCAUAGUGCUGCGUUCUUAAAGAAGUUUCCAAUGAAAAUCGAGCCGAUCAUUGCAACGAAGAAGAUGAAGCUGUACAAAAAGCUGAUUGACUACUAUGACUACCCUCUGAUGGCGAUCGAUAUCCUGGAAACGAAAGCUCAUGGACUGAGCCAAAGAUUUGAUGCGUUGGCGUCGGUACCUGAUUUGGAAGACAAGUCUCUGGAUGAAAUGCAAGCACCCGCGCGGCAUCUGUCGUAUUUGGUGUUGGACACGCCGGUGGUCGAGGAAGGAACAGUCCACAGUUGCGUUCAGGUUCACAUCGCCCCUUUGGAGUUCCUUCAUCCGUUCAUAUCUGUCCCAAUCCAUGCACGUCGUGCCAAUGUGGUCGAGCAGGUGUUUCGGUCGUUGAUGUUUGUUCUACUCUAUGAAGACCCCAAUGGGAAAACUCCGAGAGCAGGACAGUUGGCUAAUCUAUUGGGUGGCAAGGACAAGAAGGGAGUCGCACUGAAAAACAUUGUGUACGCUUUGCUCGUCUUGUGGAAACAGGACCGCAUCUACCUGACGAAUGCAAACUUGAUCGAUGAUCGUUUGCUGGAGCUGUUAUUGCUGACGUCAUUAAUCUCGUUUGCCGUGGAUUCUUCCAAGCGAAAGGCAACAGAGUUGGACCCCGUGAUGUUUGACGAUCAGCUGCUGAAUAUGGAAAUCUACGCUGUCGUGGGUGGAUAUCUGGAGAUAUUGAAGCAGCUUCACCAGUUGCGCCUUCUCCUGGGCAACAAACUGCCACAAAAUUCUGGAUGUUCAACUUAUUUUUCCGGUGAAGUCUUUGUUAAAGUUUGCCAUACUUUAAUGCACAGUGGAAGCAGCUCGAAGGGAAAACCGUCCAAGAAUGCCUCGAAAUUAUCUCGACGAGACGUGGAACCAGUGGUAGAGUUGUUUGCCGAAAUCUCCGACAAGAACCUCUUUUGGUCUCACUACACGUACGUUCGUGCCACGAUGCAGCGUAUGAAAGAACUGAUUGUGCUGCCAGUUGCUGGGGCACGUGCUACCGUGGCCAACAAGAGCGCAGCGACUGCAGCGUUAGAGAAAGCCAUGCAAAGCAACGGAUACACCAGCCGCGAGUCUCAACCACUUACUGUUACGCCGCCUUUGCCACUGGCCUCACCACCUCUUCAAGCGUCAGCACCAGUACUCAAUUCUUCUCCUGCUGCAGUAAAUCAGCGAUCACAUCGUCCCCAGCUCGAUGCCUCAGCUUUAGCUUUUAACUCUCGAUCGGUAAAGGGGUUAAUGCCAUCGUCUGUAGCUAAGCGUCUCGGCACUGACAGUGCAGUGCGCGAAGGUGCUGGAUAUGUCUCUGAGCCCAAGCCUGAGCCCAAGAAGUCAGUGAGUCUGAAGGGAAUGAUGAAGACGCUGCCAGUUUUUGCCCAUCGCGACGAGAUUUUGGAGAACGUGGAGGCUAAUCAACUUACAAUCAUCCAAGGAGAGACUGGCUGUGGUAAAAGCACGUCUGUACCUCAAUUUUUGUAUGACUCAUGGGCUCGCGGCAAAGCUGCAUUCGACCGUCCUGCCAAUAUCUACGUGACGCAACCGAGACGAAUCGCGGCAAUUGAACUGGCCAAUACCGUGGCUAGGAUGCGAGAAGGGAACGAGUUCCACGAGGACGGCCAAGUUGGAAAAGUCAUCGGCUACCGUAUUGGCCAAAAGCAUUUGACUUCCAGCAAGACGAAGAUCACUUACGUCACUACCGGUUACAUGGUUGAGCGGAUUAUUCACGAUCCAGAGGCGCUGGCAAAGAUCACACAUUUAGUUCUGGACGAAGUACACGAACGCAGUAUGGAUGUGGACCUGCUGCUGCUAUUGCUGAAGCUCCAGUUGAAGAAUCAUCCUCACCUCCGUCUCGUGAUCAUGUCUGCAACUAUGGACGCACAGGUUCUCAUCAAGUACCUGGGCAAGGCGCUAUCGACACGCUUGGUCAGCAGGAAACCUCUGUUUGUCGGUUCCAAGCUGUACCCGGUGAAGAACGUCUACCUCGAUGAGUUAUCGGAUUGGUUUCCAGGUUUGUGGCGACGUUGUCAGAAGGAAAUGGUGCUCAUGAGAGACCAGUUUCAAGGUCUUUCGCAAAGCCGUCUGAGUGCCAACAGCCAAAUGGCGAAGAAGGCGAUAGCGAAGGUCCACGAGAAACAGUUAAUUGUUAUUGAGGAGAUGGUGCGUUUGCUGAUCGAGGCCCAGCGUCAUCAAUCUGGAUCGCAGUCGCAGUGUAUUCUCAUCUUCCUGCCUGGAAUUGGAAGCAUCAAUACGCUGUACGACUCGUUGAGCCUUCUCGCAAUGAACACAGGGGGUCAACAUGUUCAGGUUAUGGUGUUGCACUCCGGUAUCGAGUUGGAACAUCAGCAGGAGGCGUUCAAGUUGCUUGGUGGGAGAUCAACGAAGAUCAUUCUGUCAACGAAUAUUGCUGAGAGCAGCGUGACCAUCCCGGAUGUGACGCAUGUGAUUAACUGCGCUAUUGAGAAGCAGAUCGAGAUGCCCAACGCUGGAAGCUCACACGCAGAAGUUCUGGUGGACACGUGGUGUUCACGCGCGUCUGCGUUGCAGCGCUCAGGACGUGCUGGCAGAGUCAUGCCUGGCACAGCAUUUCACCUGUUUACAGCAGCAUUCCGUGACUUGUGUAUGGCUGAAUACAACACUCCGGAACUGCUACGCAAACCGCUGGAUCGUAUCAUCUUGCAACUCAAGGGACAGCUGAAUGCGUUUGGAGUGCCGAGUGCGCUUCUCCGUCAAGCUUUGGAUGCUCCAGACCUCUCGCAUAUUGACGGAGCCUACAAGCUGUUGGCUGCGUUUGAUGCGAUCGACUCCGAGGAAGAGGAAGGUUCUCGCUUGACGCGGUUCGGAUCUUUUGUGUGCCACUUGCCACUCAGUCUCCAGCUGUGUCGGUUGUUGAUGACAGGGGCCUACGCGGUGCAGGACAACACGAACAAGGGAGAAUCGUGGCCACUUCUGCUAAACACCGUCAUCCUAGUGGCGAUACUUGCAGUACCCGACCUAUUCGUGAUGCCGUCAUUCUACCACGCCCAGUCAGCGCAGAGUUAUUUGAAAGAAAUGAAGAAGAAUCUGCAGGCAAAGCUCAAACUCGAUGGAGGAAUAUGGAGCGAACCGCUGUCUAUCUGGCUCUUGUACAUGGAAACCAUGAGCGAGCAACGUGUCAACGUCAAGCGCAACUUGAGCGGCGUAUUCCACAAAUUGUCCAUCUCAGCACGUCGAUACCAAACGCUCAAUUUUCUGAUUUCCGAUCUAUGUGUGCGGUUAAUUUCGCUGUCGAAGAGCAAGACGGACGAGUUUAACCAGCUCUUUGACGCGAAAGCCGUUAUCAUGUUGACCAAGUUGGAUGCGUAUGCGAGCUCGCAGCGGAUGGACAAGAAGCUGCUGAAGUUCGCGAGAGAUACCGUCACAGAUAAGCGUGACGAAGUGCGUAUUCUGCGCUUUCUUACCAUCCAGAACUUCGGCGAGCAUUUGAUCGGAAGCACGCGAGACAAACCGUCCAAGUUUGCGGACGAUGACCUCAACGAAACGGAUCGAGUCGACUUGAAGGUGAACCGGGAAGAAGCUGCCGAGUUCAAGUCUCUAUCAAACCGAAACAAAGCCACACUGUUCAACCAACUGUCUGGCAGCGCUAAUCCGAUGGACGAGCUUGCUGCCCUGGCAUACGAUGAGAAUACUGUGUCAAUCUACUCGUACACUACACCGAGAAACCAGGACGAAAACGAAGAGAACUGCUUCACUGAAGUGACUAAAGACGCCGUGGAGAGGAUGAGCUUCCCAGUGUCGCUGGUUUACUAUAUUCGCGGCGAGAAGUUCCCUGUGAAUCUAGGCAUGCGACCGAAGCCGGAGGAGCGAGAACUGGCGUUCAAGUUCCGAGUAGGAGGUAGUAAUUCGUGCGAACUGACGUGGCAGCAGCAGAGGAAUAACGUCAAGGCGUCGACUGGCAGUCGCAGUUUGUUCUCCCUACCUAUCCGACCGCUGAAAACCAAAACGAAGAAAGGAGCCAAAGAGCCGAAGCUGCUUGCGGUGUAUGCUGAUCGACUAUUCACCGGUGACGAGACGAGAAUGUGGUGCACGAACUGCACACUGUUGCCUCCGAGAAAUCUGUGCUACUAUCCGAUCAUGCUACUGGUUACAGCUCCGCGUUACGCAAAUAUUCAGCUGCACAUGGAUGCUAAAGCUGGCGAGAUUUUGCUGGUGAAAGUGGGGGCACAAGAUGCGACGUUUCCUCGCAAGAUGGCUCUGAAGGUUGAGGUGCUUGCAAUGAUUAACGCUGUGCGAGCGGCGUUGUCCGACGCGUUGAACGCGACAGUCGGAGCUCGAAGACUCUGUGUGUCUGAUUUGUUGGCGUUGUCGGAUGACUCGGCUUUCAUGACGAAGGAGAGCAAGGCUAAUGCGAAACAAUGCAAAUGGCAACGCUUGGCGAUGAAUAAACCGGACAAGACGAUGCUGGAGGAAGGAGAGACGCCGGUGCGCUUCCCGGAACUCUAUAUGGCGUAGGUAUGUGUUGUGACUGGUGCUUUCUAACUGAGUGGUGUCUAGGUGAUCUUGGAUCUGCAAUGGAGGUCAUCUAAUCAAUCCAUCGAAUUGGUAAUUGCAUUUGUAGUGCGUUCUUGUAUUCGUUUGACAUCUUUAGGUUCGUGAAAAAUAUUCAAGUGACGGUAUGGCAGUUACUACGGAUGACCCUCCGUUCCUGAGUCGAGACCCCUUGCGAAGCUCGGGCGAUGCAUGUUGUGAGGUCUAUCGACGCUCAAUAAACGUGCGGCGGCUGGCAAGACGAGGAUGCCACAGGAGGCGGAGUUCUUCAACGCCGCGUCCGCCGACAGCACGUCAACCAAGACGGCAGAUAGCAGAGGGCGUAGCGGGUCCACAUCGUCGGCCAGGUAUCGUGUAUCCUCUCGACCAGUUUCGACGGAUGUAGCAGAUACUUCGUCGCGCUCGCCCGAGCUGCGGCUGACAGCAGCCAACAUGUCGACACUACUGAAACGCAUGAGCAAGAAUUCAACGAGUACUGAGACGAGUGAGCCAAAGAACGCGCGCUAUACACUCGCUAUCGAAGCCAUAUCUCCACCUAAAGGAUCAGGAACUGGAGCACCCAAGCUGCCUCAAAAGCUACGACAACACGUGAGUCGACUGCGCAGUCAGUUUGCGUUGGGGGCCAAUGUAGCGUCAUCGAGGACGUUGACACUCAAUGAGCGAGGUCCUUCUGCUGGUUCUCCCCACAAAGUCCCACGGCUCAGCGUGUCAUCAGCCUCGAUCAACUCCAAGCGCUUCUCCAUGGCCACUGUUGCGAUGCAACACUCGCGUCGAUCGAAUCAGUUCCACCUGCUUCAAGCGACUAAAGAGGAUGAAAAACCAGCAGAAUCAGUCGCUGAGGCUUCCAAAGGACCACAGGAACCAGAGCUUACUGUCGCAAACCCUGGCACAUUCCAUGAUCUCCUUCGACCGUUACAAACCAGUUUGAGUUGUGCUAGUUUCAACACGGGGUGGUCAAGUGAUGAAGAAGACGAAGCGGAGCAACUGUUUCGUCAAAGCGAGCGAGAGAACAGUCGCAUGUUGCGUGUAUGCUGCUCGAUCGAUAACCUGAUGCUGUCAAUCGGUGACCAAGCGCAGGAGCAGAAGCAACCUGAAGCCAUCAUCCGUGGUGCUACGCGAGAUCUGGUGAAGCUCUUCCAAUUCGCGAUGAAGCAGGUGAUCUCAGUUGUCUUUGGCGAUCACCCGAGCAACAACAACAGCCCCAGGGGAGUGAAGGUGGAUGGGAAGGAGGCGCAGUACGCCAAGGAAUUUUUACUGGAGAUCAAUGAGCGUAUCGGUAAACUCUAUGAGUUCGCUCGCUGUGUGUUCGUGAACGAAGUGGAUGGACUCCGACAGCAGAUGCAAGCACUCGAAGAAGACCUUGUCGCGGUUAGGAUGAAAAAUGAGCAGCUUCAGACGGAGAUGCGAGACCUGCGCGAUUUUUACGAGCAUAAUAAUGCCAACUCAGUGGACUCCUUUGCCGCCGAUAGCUCGGAUUCCAGACGCCAAAUACUAGAGAAUUCUAGUGAUGAUCCAGCGAUUUCUGCUCUCUCCUUUCCAGAACUUCCUGAAGUUAGUUCAGACGCUGGAGAAGAAAGCAACGCGUUGAAGCAGCAGUGUCAAGAGUUAUCGCGUCUGCUGGAGUUGGCCAAGCAGGAGAUCCGGUUGAGUCACCACGAACGCGACGUACAGAAGGCUCGCGUCGCAGAAGUGUCGAGUGCUCUGUUCCACGACAGUGAGCUUGGAAUGCUUCGAAACCAACUUCAGAGCGAGAAAAAGCGUGUGCGUGCUCUGGAGAGGGAAAACUUGACCUUACGCGAAGAACAAGUAACGAAGCUGCAAGCUCUAGAAACAUUCCAAGCUAGCUUGGGCUCUACUGCAACAGCGGAUAGUACCAGUAAUGGUCCCUCUAUUGGUCGACACAGUAGGCCGUCGAUCGACUCUGCGAAUUCGACUGUGGCAGCGCAACAAGUUGAUCCGGUUCUAAGCGAUUCACCUGAAGAAUCUACAAUACCCGCGAGUGAAUUGACGAUUGAAACCCAAGAGAACCAAUACAACUUCACGAACUCUGGAAUAGCUCCGCCGGGUACGUUACAAGACGGCGUUGUGACCUGGUUUUCGCGUAUCGUAAACCCUCCACCAGUGACAAAUAUUCGGAAGUCUCGGAAGAAGCAAACGGAUCCGAAGCCUGAGCAACCGUCUGUCGUGGAGCUAAGCAAGUUUAUUACGAGUUUGCUGAUGACAGACAAGCAGCUUGUUGCUGCGAAAGAAGAAUCCAAGGCACGCCGACAAGGGAACGUACCGACUUUAAACCCUCCGAUGAGAGAACUGACAGCUCGAUCAUCAGAGGGAUCUGGCUCGCGUAAAUCAACAAGCAAAAAGCGGAGACCUUACUCAGCUGCUGCAUCGAGUGCCCCAGGGAACAGCAGUCUCGUCAACAGCACAGAAGUUGAGGAGAGUAACGAGGAGAUUGUUGCCGGUUGUCUGCAGUUAGCGUGGGCAUUUUAUCAGCGGUUCUUGGUCGCGGUAGAGGCUCGAAAUCUCCUGGGUAAUCAUGGAAUUGGAGGAGAUCCAACGCUCGGAGCUGCACUCAACUCAGGUGCCGGCAGUCCAGUCACUGAACCGGUGUCGCUAUCCGUGAUUGUUUUCCAUUUCUUCUUGGAGCGAUGUAGUCGCGAGCUGGAUGCUGUUCACGAACUGGAACAGUUUGUGCGUUGUCUUCACAGCGUACGCCAUGCCAACUAUAAUCUCGAACUUUUUUGUCAAUUCUUGGAAGAAUCCUGUUCACGUCAAGAGCUCUGCUUCUUCUUGUGGGUUUGUCAAGCCAUGGAUGAUACCCGGCUUGGAAUUCCAUACGACGAACCGCUUUCAAGCAAUAACGAGGGGAUAGACAACCAACAAACACAAUAUAUCUGCGUGCUCAAGGCUACCUUCCUUGCCAGAACCAUCUUCAGACUCCUCCACUUCAAAGUGCUCUGUCGACCUAUGACAGCGAAGAAAAGUAAGCGUCGAGGCAAAGCCAAUGUUAAGGGGAAUAGCAACAGUGUCGCUGGGCCUGCAAUUGCACCAAACUCCGCGGCAAACUCUCCAAAGCGCAAGCACAGGACUCGCUUGGGUGAACUAAGUGCUGUUCUACUUGUACCUCAAGCUGAAAAUGCUACGUCGUCCACCAUAGACAUGGCAGAUACCGGUCAAGUGGAGCAGCAGGUAAUACCCCCACAUGUUGCUGCUCAAGUUGCGCUACGAGAUAUUAUUGAGAACAACCAGGGCGAGCCCAUUUCGCUGGAGGCUUUCAACAAUUUGUUAUUACAAUUUGCGGUUAUACCUUCACCUGAAGAGCUAGCAGCGCGAUUGGGGCCUUUCUAUCAGCCUACUGGAGAAGAACGCAAGAUACCAACCGAUGUCUUCCUCGCGUUGCUGAUGGAGACGUACAAGUUCCAGCUUCAAUGGGAGCGCGAUCAACUACGCGCGUUGUUUAUUCAUUUGAACCACCAGGAGGAAAUUCAGCAGCGUGCAUCCGAGAAAUUAGUCAAAGUGGAAGACAAGAAGGGUCGAUCUAAAGCUGGUGAGGAAAAUAAGAAGCGGUCAAAGGUGAAGCUGAAGAGGGGGAAGAGCCGUCAUGCAGCCACAGACAGGAAUGGAGAGAGUAAAUAUCUGCACGGUUUGUCCCGCAACGUUUUACGCGAGCUGCUAGUGCAAUCUGGAAUAGUUCAAGACAGCGAUGUGGCUCAGAUGGACAUGGAUUGGCUGUAUGCUGAGUUCUUGAAGAGAGCUGGAGGCGUAGCUGCUGAUAUCACGUUCGAUGGCUUGUUUGAUGCUCUACAGAAGAUGAGAUGGCUAGACAGCACGAAGCUUCGGGUUGAUGCACUGAUGGAAGUGACAGGGAGAAAUGGCGUGUGUGUGCUCGGCACAGUCUCGCUCUAUGCACAAACGACCCCAACGCCUUCAUCCGUCGUCAUACUCAGCGAUUGUUGCACUAUGUGGACCAAGAACUCGCUCGACUUGUUAGUCGAUCCGAGAGUGAUGCUGCUGUGCAUUGUAUUCGAGAGUUCCUCGCAUUCGCCUGGCGAGUAGCAGCUAAGCGGAGCAGGCAUGGCACUGCCGUUUUAAGGCAGACCUGCUUAUCGGAGAUAUUUCUCGUUAGUCAGGCUCUACGCCCUUGUAUCGAUUCAAUGCAAGGAUACGAUGGGCAGGUCACUCUCGAAGAUAAGCCCGCAACAGAUGAUAAUCCGACUAACGCAACCAUAGCGAUGAAGGACGCGCUUCAUGGUUUCUACGACACUUCUCGAAUGAAUCUCAAUAGCAUGGCCCCUACCAACGAACAACUUCACGAGGUGGAGAUUGUGCUGACUCUGUAUGCGGCUCACAUCGAACAUCUCUUUCAUCGGUUCUCCGAAGCGCGCUACAACGGCUUGCCACAGGUUCCUUUCCAUCGAUGGAGAAGCAUGAUGUACGAGCUUGACCUCGUGCAUCCCCGCAAUCUCCCCUUGAUAAGGCUACAAGCUCUCUUUAAGAGCGUGGUGAAAGCUUCUGUCAGCACGACGGAAAUAUCACUAGAUCAAGAAAUUGGCGUGGGGAAGACGCAGUUCUCGGAGCUGUUCGUGUUGAUUGCGAUUGAAAGGCACCGUGCUGCACUAGCUCGCAAGCGAAUGAAAACUACAACAAUAAUGAAGCCUCCAGACGAUAACAAAGAGGUUUUACUAGAAGCAGAGCUGGCGGACAGUCCAGGACGUAUCAUGGCUCAAUUUUGUCGCAAGGUCCUCGCUCCACGCGCCUUUGCGAGCGUCAAUGCUCUAGUAGAACGCAACUUCGCUGCCAAGCUGAGCUGUCCUCUUGUAGGUCGCGCACUCCUCGAACACCGCUCGUUCCUACGCACAAUAUUCUUCUUUUACGCAAAACAAGACGAAGUUGCCGAGGACGAACGUGCAGCACUGGAAGAGCAGGCGCUCAUUCGUCAACUACAAGAAAACGGGGGGAAAGUCAACGAAAACGCUCAAGCUAAAGAGUCUGAAAGUGUCGCGGUUGAAGUCAACGCUUCUCUCUUGCAGACCGAUCCAGGCGCCGACUUCCAACUGGAAAAGACCAAGAGAAGUUCCAUGAGCUUCGGCGAGUUCCAGACCUUCUUGACUGCCUUCGAUCUGCUCGAUGCCUCUGAAGCUUCGUGCGGUAACAAAGUGGCUCUGGCAGAUGCGCAGCACGUCUUCUCCUCUGUUAUGGCUCUCGACAACGACGACACGUUGCAGCUCGAGUUCGACGAGUUCGCUGCUGCCAUCGUCGCUCUUGCCGUGCACUUAGAUCCCAGUCCAUUUACGCUGUGGCACCAGAAACUCGACAGGUUUGCAACGAAACUUCGAAGAGUCUGGACGCAGAUUGAAGAGCUGCCGUAACUGGACCUGCCUGCAAUAGAAUACCAUGAAUUAAUGAAUUACGAGUUGGCACGUCG